UGUGAGGAGGGAAGAGGGUGCAGACGGAGCCCCAGCCGCUGCCUAGGUCCUCAGCGCCCCCGCCACCGCUGCCCACCACAGGCCGGCAUGUCCUCUGCCCACUUCAACCGAGGUCCCGCCUACGGGCUGUCCGCGGAGGUCAAGAACAAGCUGGCCCAGAAGUAUGACCAUCAGCGGGAGCAGGAGCUUCGAGAGUGGAUCGAGGGGGUGACAGGACGCCGCAUCGGCAACAACUUCAUGGACGGCCUCAAAGAUGGCAUCAUUCUUUGCGAGUUCAUCAAUAAACUGCAGCCGGGCUCCGUGAAGAAGGUCAACGAGUCGACCCAGAAUUGGCACCAGCUGGAGAACAUCGGCAACUUUAUCAAGGCCAUCACCAAGUACGGGGUGAAGCCCCACGACAUCUUCGAGGCCAAUGACCUGUUCGAGAACACCAACCACACCCAGGUGCAGUCUACGCUCCUGGCCCUGGCCAGCAUGGCCAAGACGAAAGGGAACAAGGUGAACGUGGGCGUCAAGUAUGCCGAGAAGCAGGAGCGGAAAUUUGAGCCCGAGAAGCUCAGAGAAGGGCGGAACAUCAUCGGGCUGCAGAUGGGCACCAACAAGUUUGCCAGCCAGCAGGGCAUGACAGCCUACGGCACCCGGCGCCACCUCUAUGACCCCAAGCUGGGGACUGACCAGCCCCUGGACCAGGCCACCAUCAGCCUGCAGAUGGGCACCAACAAGGGAGCCAGCCAGGCGGGCAUGACCGCGCCGGGGACCAAGCGGCAGAUCUUCGAGCCGGGGCUGGGCAUGGAGCACUGUGACACGCUCAACGUCAGCCUGCAGAUGGGCAGCAACAAGGGGGCCUCACAGCGGGGCAUGACGGUGUACGGGCUGCCACGCCAGGUCUACGACCCCAAGUACUGCCUGACGCCCGAGUACCCGGAGCUGGGCGAGCCGGCUCACAACCACCACCUGCACAACUACUAUAACUCUGCCUAGGGCCCUGGCUGAGCCCUCCCCCAGGAGGCUGGCUGCUGCUCGGGGCUGGGCCCGGCCCGGCCCCGCCACCCCCUCCCCCUGCAUGGCGUCCUCCAGGGGUAGUGUUUGGGGGGAGCAGCCUGGGGGCCUGUGUGCGGAAAGGGGGCCCCCUCCCUGGAGCGCCGCGGGGCCCACCAUCGAGCCGGGUGUCCCCAACAGCACUCAAAGGACGCACUGAGCAAAGCUACUCCGGCUGUCCCCCCACGCCCCCACAGGUGGGUCCCCCAGGACGAGAAGCCCCCCAGCGAAGCCCCCAGCGCCCAGGCUCGGCCUGCCCCCACCCCAUUCCCGCCGUGGGAGCAAACUGCAUGCCCAGAGACCCAGCGGCCACACGCGGUUUGGUUUCAGCGACUGGCGUACGUGGAUGUGACAGCGGCGUUUGUGACGCGAGCACUUUCUUUUUCUAUUUCACUGGAGCACAAUAAACAGCUGUAAAAUCA